UCUCUGGGCUUCCAGAACUCAGAAGCCAAGGCAAGGCUAACAUUCCUGGAUGACCAGAGAGACGAUCCUUUAUUACGCAUCUCUUGCUGCCUACUUCUAGAAGAUUGUAAGACAAGAUGAAGGCUCUGAUUCUGAUUGCCGUCAUCUUGACUUUUACUGCUUGCUUCUCGUCAGCUGGUGCACGAAAGCGAAAAUCCCACAAAUCUAGUGAAAGUUCUGAAGAGCAUUUUAAACCUAGACGUCCUUAUGAGUUAAGAGAGCAUUUUGCAAAGUCUGGACAAGGUUCUGCAGAUCCACAUGGUCACCAUGAUCUUCAUGGACUCCACAGAGGACGCCACCCCCACCGUCCACAUAGUCGUCCAGCACCCAGACCUAUAUCACCACCUGAGAACGUUGUAAACCCCAGUUCUCAAGCACCACUAGUCACUUCUAGUGCUCCUCCAUCUGUCAACAUCGUAGCUUCCCCUGCCUCUGCCAGCAAAACGACAGGCACUGCAUCUAGCCCCACGGCUCCCAGUUCCCUCCAACUGGAGGCCACCACCAAUGCCCCAGCGGCUGACACUACCCCUCCCCCAGUGGCUGACACUACCCCUCCCCCAGUGGCUGACACUACCCCUCCCCCAGCGGCUGAUGUUCCACCUGCCAACCAGCAACAAUAGUUUACAAUUGUCUAAGAUUACAAGUGUAUCAAAUCACAAGAAGACAAAGGCAAACCAAGAUCCUGAGAAACAGAAUAUUGAUAUAUUUGUGAUCAUCUUCACUCAUCAUUUUAGUUUUAACAAAAAUAUGAAAAUAUAGGGAUGUAGGUUCUUACUGCUUCUCCUUUAGCUUUUCUGUACUGAAAAACUUUCAAAAAAUAACUUGAUUUAUACAUUUCA